AUGCUCGAGGCUUAUGCUGCAUAUUUGCUGGCUGGCAUUUUUUUGCCCGCAUUGGCAUCAGGAUCCCAGGUAGAGCAGCCCUCUCUGUCAGUGGACGAUGAGUGCCGUUUGAAUGAGUGUGCCUUCAAUGCCCUGCAGAGAAGAGCUUUGGAGCGAACUACAGCAAAGCCUGAGGUUGAAGAUGCUGUGGAUGCUCUCAAACCCUCAAAGCCAUCUGCAGAACCUGCGACUGAAGAGAGUCCUGAGAAAGAGGAAAAGGAGGAAACCGAGGAUGAAUCUGCAGAAGAGCCAGUGGAGACACCCCCGGUAGAGACGCCAGCAGCAGAGAAGCCCUCUGCACAAACGCCAGCGGCAGAGAAGCCCUCAGAAGAGACGCCGGCGGCAGAGAAGCCCUCGGAAGAGACGCCGGAAGAGAGGCCGGAAGAGACGCCAGCAGCAGAGAAGCCCUCGGCAGAGAAGCCCUCGGAAGAGACGCCGGAAGAGACACCAGCGGCAGGGAAACCCUCAGAAGAGAAGCCCUCGGAAGAGACGCCGGAAGAGGCGCCAGCGGCAGAGAAACCCUCAGAAGAGACGCCGGCGGCAGAGAAGCCCUCGGAAGAGACGCCGGAAGAGACGCCAGCGGCAGAGAAACCCUCAGAAGAGACGCCAGCGGCAGAGAAGCCCUCGGAAGAGACGCCGUCAACCGCGACUCCGAAUGGCACGGCCGCCAACGGCACAGCCAAUGGCACAGCCAAUGGCACAGCCAAUGGCACUGCCAAUGGCACUGCCAAUGGCACUGCCAAUGGCACGGCAAACAGCACCAGCCCGAAAGUGGAGGUGAUCUGCGCAGAAGAAUAUGCUCAGUGCGGUGGUGAAGGCUGGAAAGGACCCACCUGCUGCAAACCAGGUAGGAUUUGCCAUGAGACCAACGAAUACUACUUCUCGUGCCUGACGGAGAAGGAGAUCAUUGCUGCCAACACCACCACAACGACCACUACAACCACAAAUGAAGAUCCAGAGCAUUGCCAGCUCCAGUUUCAGCAAUGCGGUGGACUGUUAAACAGUGGUCUUCCCUUCGUUGGGAAGAGUUGCUGCCAAGGAGGCUACUUUUGCACGGAGGUGGACAAGAACUACCACCAGUGUGCGCCGACAAAAAUGGGUGGUCCUCAUUUUGUGUACAAGCCUUCUGCGGAGCUUCAGAAGGCAAGUAAAGCUCCGCUCUUCACCUUCUACGUCUAUCGGGCCGAAUCUGACGACCAAGACUAUGUGACAAACGUCAAUGUUGCCAAUCUGCCUGGAGUGAUGUGGUAUUUGCACAACGAGGUGGUAUGGCAGACGCCACGGAAGUUCAAUAUCUCUAGGAUCUAUCGACACAAAAUUAUGACGCGAGGAACCCAACCUCUUCGCGACCUUGGCAUGAAUUUUGGAGUGCGCUUCGCCUACGAUGCUGCCCAAUGCACAGGUCCAUGGAAUUGCGAUCUGAACUUCGAGAGGUAUGGCUACUUUGUUGGAUGCAACAAUCUUGGGGAGUUCCCCUUUCCAACAUACAAGAUCUACUAUGAGGAUGCCAAGUGGUACACUCUUCCGGGAGCGUGUUCUUCCAACACUUACAAGGACAAGGAUGCGAGCUGCAUCGAAGACCAGCCGGGCGGAAUGUGCGAGGGCAUACCAACAGGGCAAGGUAAUUGCACUUACAGCAUCUCUCGUGCUGGUGAUUUGACAUUAAAUGAGAUCGAAAAUAUCUCAGACUAUGCUGCCUUCGUCAAAGCGGGAAAGGAAGAAUUCAACAAGACUGCAGACAAGGGGGUUGGCAUGUCUUUCUGGGAUGGCCUCAACGAUAGCGAUGCAAAUCAAGCCAGGGUGGACCAUGUUGCUGCGCUUUUCAAGAAGAAAUAUCCCGACAUGCCCAGCCAUAGUGAGAUGCUGUCUCCAGUGUGCGACUUCAAAUUUGAAGAGUUCUACACUGGAACCACCACAACAACAACGACCAUCAGCACAACCACUACGACGCAAAAGCCACCACCAGACUGUCAGGAUGCAACGCCUGGCAGCAGUUGCUAUAGCGCUGUGCGAUGGGCAAUGAAAGAUGGCAUUCGUCUGCACCCCAACUGGUAUCCUGGCCUGUCAGCGUCGUCGAGCUUCUCCGACUUUCAGGCUCAAGUUCACCGUGCAUCGCCAAAUGUUUGUGCUGUGCCAUGUGGCGCGGCUACGGCAGCUCCAGCGAAGGAAGAGCCGGCAGCAACAACUCCUGCACCGGCUGCAGCAACUCCCGCGCCGGCUGUGUCCAUUCCGGGAUGCAGUGACGCGAAGCCUGGACAGUCCUGUUAUUCAGCUGUUAGAUGGGCAAUGCUUCACGGCAUUCGCGAGCAUCCACGCUGGUACCCUGGCCUCACCGCCAGCUCAAGUUUCCGGGACUUUCAGGCUCAAGUGCACAAGGCCACUCCUAAGAAGUGUCCUCCGCCCUGCGCUGACUGA